GCACAGGACCACCCCAAAAAUCCCACUCUGUGCCUGAGAGCAUUGUCCAAAUGUACUGCAGGCAAAGCCUGUAGCUUUUGUGGGCUUUUUUUGGUCUCCCGAAUUUGCACAAACUUUAUAAAAGCAAAAUUUAAAAGAUGCAGCGCAGUUAUUUUUGGCUUUCUUUUAUUUUUUUUUUCUUUAAGAUGAGCAGGGGCAAAGCAUGCAGGAAAUUUAGGAAUCUAGGCAAGUACAGAGCUCCUUUGUUUUUAAUUAGCUGCGUUGUUUUUAAUUGCUUCUAUGCUUGAUACAUAACCCAGCCUAAACAAGAAUAGCUUAUUGAAUGGGGGACUGACUAUGAAAGGCACCGUGAGGAGAAGGGCUGUUCUUCACAGUUGAUAUAUUUGUAUUUCAGUGCUUCAUUUAAUAAGUCUGUUUCCCCGGGGGGCUGUAGCAAGUAAAUCAUGCCAACAGAUUGUUUUCUGCAAACUGGCUUAUUUUUGUAAUUAGCAAGACGUUAAAGCUGUAACUGCAUAGAAAGCGAUCUGGGUGAGGAGUGAACAUAAAAGAAUUAGUAAGCAAAAUGUAAUACUUACUGUUUGAUGACAUUUGUGUUGAUUGGAUUGGUUUCUGGACAGUUUGGUGUCUGGGAUAGUUUCUUCUGUAGUGUUGAGAAAUGGGAGAGAAAUUCACAGGUGUGCACAGUGAGUGUAGUAAGAUGAGGUGUUUUAGGGACAGCAUUUUUUGGGAAUCACAUCUGCAUGGCCAAGUGGAUCUGUUGGGGAAGCCUUGCUGGGGGUUACAUCUGUCCUGCUCAUCACCAGAAACCGACAGGAUUUCCCUGGCUUCAUGUUGCUUUUUUUCCUUUGUUUUCCAGUUAUAUGAUAAAAACGGCGUCACCAUGAGCGGAGUAUUGAAAAGGAAGUACGAAGAGCUGGGGGAUGACAGCACCUACUGCUCCUCCUCCUCCUGCUCCCCCCUCUCCUCCUCAGCAUCCUCAGGCUGGGACACUGAUGAGGAGAAUUCCCGUGGAGAGCCCAAGCCCAGCUCUGCCUUAAUAUCCAGCUUCACCCCCACGUCAAUCCUGAAGAAAUCCAAGCGACUAAAGAAGAACAAUGUGGAGUUUGACCGGGUCACUGUGUUUUACUUCCCACGCUGCCAGGGCUUCACGAGCGUGCCUAGCCGUGGGGGCUGUACCCUGGGGAUGGUGAGCAAACACAGCUCCUCCCGGCAGUUCACACUGGCAGAGUUUUCAAAGGAGCAGGAAAACGUCCGUCGGGGCAAACUCGAAGAGAAAUUAAAAGAGGAGAAGUUGGAAGCACUGAAAUGGAAACUAACCAUGAAUGGCACGAAGGAGUCAGAAGAGGCCAACCAGCUCACCAUCGAGGACAUCUCCGACGACGACAUCGACGUCAGCAGCGUGGACCUGGAGGACGGCUUCUUCCUGCAGCCCUACCCCGCCAAGAAGAGGCGGGCGCUGCUCAAGGCCGUGGGGGUGAAGAAGAUCGACAAGGAGGAGAAGCGGGAGCUGCACAGCAUCCGCCUGUCCCGGGAGGAUUGUGGCUGCGACUGCCGCGAGGUCUGCGACCCCGAGACCUGCAGCUGCAGCCUGGCAGGCAUUAAAUGUCAGAUGGAUCACACUUCCUUCCCCUGCGGCUGCACCAAGGACGGCUGUGGCAACACCGAGGGCAGGAUCGAGUUCAACCAGGCCCGCGUGCAGACACAUUUCAUCCACACCAUCAUGAAGCUGGAGCUGGAGAAGCAGCAGCAGAGCAGCGAGAAGGUGGCAGAGGCUGAGCCCCCUUUCCGGGAGCGGCUCUCUCCGCUGGGAUGCGCGGCAGGGAAGGGCUCGCUGGAGGAGCGUGCGGUGCCGCUGGCACCUGCCUUCCAGUUCAGCCCCGACCUGGAGGCCCUGGGGGAGAACAGCUGCAGCAGCGACAUGACAGACUCCUCCAUCUCCUCCCACCCCAGCGAGGACCUGGAGGAGCCCUACGAGAGCCUCCCCUCCGACAAAUCCCAGUCGGACGUGGACGACGACGGCUUGGCGCGCAUCCUCCACUUCAACGACUCGGACGCCGAGGAAGAGAGCAGGCGUGGCCAGGACGACCUCGGCUGCUUCCACCCCACCGACUUCUUCAUCGAGGACCACGGCAGCGAGGCCAAGCCUGUCCCUGGCCACUUGUCCCACCUCUCGGAGUGCCUGGAUGAGAAUGCCAACCAGGACAGCGGGGGUUUGCUGGAGGAUGCAGCCCACGUGAGGUGUGAUGGGCUGUCCUGCUGCGCCUCAUCCUCCACUGAGCCCUGCUCCAAGAGCUACGCCGACCUCAGCCUUUCCUCUGAUUCCUUGGAUUUCUUCCAGUCCUUCUCGGACUAUAACUUGGGACCCCUUUACAACUCCUUAAAGGAGUAUGAGAACCUGGAUAACUUCUCAGCAUUACAGUUUCAGUUGCCUAAUUUCCCUGGCUUCCCGCAAGCUGGAGAUCAGGGCUCCUGUUUCUUGGAGUCCCUGAUAGGUUUGUCCGAAUCCGUCCCUGAAACCCCAGCCCCUUUCACAGACAAUCAACUUUUGGAGGAUGCCAUCAAGUCAUCGCUGAUGGAGACAGUGAAAGUGUGAAGCACCCAUGUGGCUCAGGCAAGGACUGAUGCCGAAAGGAAAACAGGAACAGUUGGACAGGCAAACUUUCACUGAAAGGAUGGUGUGCUACUCAAAUAUAAGGAGGAAAAAACAGCAACAGCAGAAGACUUUCUAAGCAAAUUAACUAUUUUUGGUCUUUAUAGAACGUGGACGUUUUGACAUACUGCAGCUACAAUCAGUUCUCUCGCUGUUUGUGCAAAAAUUUCUAAACUUUCGUGACGGGGUGGGGAAGGGAGGGAGGGAGAAAGACUUUCACAUGAGAAUUCCCUUGUGUUUUGUAUGAAAAGACCUGUUGAGAAAUACUCCUCACUAACGUUGCCAGUCGUCCAUACAGCCCCUUCUAGAAACGUUUCAGUGUUGCAGGAACUUUUUAAGGCAACUUUUUGAAACUGUAUUUAUUGUGAAAAUUUGUGGUUUGCGUAAGAGUUGGCCCAACACACUCUUACGUUUAAAUCUGACGAGGUUUACAGAAGAGAUCCAUACACUAUAUACAUAAUCAUUCUUCAUCUAUUUAUUGCAAAUUCCAGAAUUUAACUAGCCACUGAAGCUUGAACUAGCAUGAAACCUUAUUUAAAUUGGUAAUACCUCAGAUGUAUUAUGUGUACAAUCAUAUUUUUUUGCAUAAUAUAUCUGUAUUUAUUUAUUUUCUACCUGUAGUACGUGAAUAGCACUGUGGUUUGUCGAUGUCCUGGAAGGGCAAUAAGAUCUUCAAGAGGAAGAUGACCCUGGUUUUUCUGAGUCUGAAUGAUGUUGGCUGUUUGGUCUUCACUUCACAUUUCUAAAAACCCUGAACAGAAGUGGUGUGGGAGGGGAGGGAUGAGGGAAGAGUUCAUGCAACAUCCCUUGUUUUCUCCCAGCCUUGAUGUAGACAUGAGAAUGGUGUCUGGUCUCCAUAAUGUCACUGUGGAGAGCAAAGCAAGCAAAACCGUCAACUAUUUAAGAAGUAACAUUAAUACUAGCUCGAAACAAAACCCCACCCCUUUUGGUAAAUUAUUUUAUAAUUUAUUUAAUUUCCUAAGGAUUUGGCCAUGAGAUCUUUCCCCAUCAGUUAUGGUGCCUGAAAAUGCAGAGGAACUGUCAGCAACGGUGGGGAGGUGUAACCAUAAGGACCUUGGCAGCCCUCAUGGAGGGGCUUUGGGAGAGCAAGGCCAAAACAGCAACACUGCUCAAGCUCCUCAGCAAGUGCUCCUUAGGACUUCCCAGCACCGAGGAUGUCACAGCUCCAGAAUCCAGUGGGCCACGCUGAUUGUACUGUAUUUUUAUAUAGGUGAAUUGAGUAAUUCAAGCAAAACCGAUGGAUAUGAAGUCUAUUGGGUUGUUUAUCCUGUGAGUGCAGUUUUUGAAGACCUGAAGACCAAGCUGAAAAUCGGAAGGCUUUUGGUUUUUAAAAUGAGAUAAAUCUUUGUGUUUAGGAAGGAUACUGGAGGCUGCCUUGGUCUUUUGCUGUUUAAGUCAGUCUGAGAGCAUGACACUGUUUGGCCACGAGAUGUAACUGGACAAAAAAUCUGUGCAUCAGUGAUACACUAAGUGCCUACACCAGUGGUAUGGAAAAAGCAAAACGGAUUUAAAACCUACUGGCUUUAAAUUCCCCCUUGGAAAAUUUGGUGAUGGGAGUGAUUCCUGGCAUUACCAGCACAGAAGGAGGAGACAGUUCUGGUGUCCCAGCCCCGCUGCCCUGGGAGCAGCUGGAGGGAACUUCUGACGGUGCAGAGACACACAGACAAGGGAAACAAGCCCGAAACACGGAUUUGAGGAUUUUCCUAUUGGCUGAACUGUUUCUAUCCCCGACCACAGGGGGAUGGUGCUCUUGGAUACCUGCUCAUUGACAGGUGCCUCACUGCAAACCUGCCGGCAAUUUAGAAAACUUCUGGCGUACGAAACGUGGGUUGCUUGGGGUUUUUAAAAAAUCCUUAUUACUGCUAUUUAAUUGUACAUCUUCUCUGGUAUUGAGCCAGUCAACUUGGAAGUGGAGCUGAUCCCCCACGGGCACGAGCUUCCUCCCACAAGGCAUCGCCCCUGGGGCAGGAGGGCGACUGUAGGAAUACUACUGGCAGAUGGAGGAUUUCCUGGAUAUAUCUAUUAUUAUUAUUAUUAUUAUUAUUGAUAUUAUUAUUAUUAUUAUUAUUUUUAUUAUUAUUUUUCAUUGUCGUCGUCGUUUCCUUAGACUGAAAAAUCCCCUUUUCAGUUAUCUCCUAGGUGGUAGUUCCUUAUCCUUCAGACUGCAUCAAAAAUACUGACAGUUGAAAGUCUGGUAGGGUUCUGUAUUUAUUGGCACUAAUAUAUUUUGUAACAUUCCUAGGUUUCUCUGCAUAUAUGUAUUUAUAUAUAUAAAAUAUAGGCAUAUAUUUUAUAUAUAUAUAUAUAUAUACACACACACACUUUUUUUAAAUGAAUGAUUGGGAUUGACUCCUGCUUUUGUGGAUUUUUUUUUCAAUAAUUUAUUCUUUUUAUUUGUGUUGGUGCCAAAAAAGAAAAAAAAAAGAUUUUUUUUUUCUCUUUUUUUUUUCCCCCGGGGCACUGAAUUGUAAAUAUUUUUUUUUUUCUUCUUGGUAUCUGUGUAAAAAGUUGCCUGUUAAACAGUUUAAAAACUGGGUAUUUAUUGACACAAUCUGUAAUUAUCUAAUGUAUUGGUUGAAACACUUUGGUUUCAACAUAGCUUUAUUUUAGCUUUCUUUGUGUAUAUAUUGUGAUUAUGUUGCUUAAAGGUACAAGUUAAAAAAAAAAAAGCUUUAUUUUUACCUUAUCCAUUUGCAUUUGUUUAUAAAAAAAAAGCAUAUUUGUCUACAGCUGCUGUCUCUCAUUUCAUCAAAGCAAUAUGAAGAAAUUUCCAUUACACUUUCAAUAAAAGAAUUUUGUUUGAA